UCACGAUGGGUAAAGAACAGUGCAGGUCAUUAGGAAAGUUGUGGAGAAGUUUGUAUCCCAAACUGUGAGAAUAACUGAGGUCUGUUCAAUCAGAAUACACACACAAACUGUCCAACUAAAACUAACGCAGCAGAGCAGACCCUCAAAGUACACCAGGCCCUUUGUGAAACAUGGUGGUGGCAGCACUGUGCCAUGGGGAUGCAGGGAAAAGGUAGCUGUUUUGACUUAAUGAGACGGUUGGGAAUCCUGGAAGGAAACCCRUUAAGAGACCGCAGGUGACAUUCCAGCAUGACAACAACACUAAACAUAAAGCCGAAGCUACACUGGAAUGGUUUAACGUCAAAUCCUUCUCCUGUGCAGUCAAAGUCGAGAACUAAACCUAAAAGGAGAAAGUGCGGGAAGUUUGGAAAACUGAUGUUUCCAUCCGGUCUGACUGAACUCGGGCUGCUGAGCAAAGAAAAAUGUACAAAACUUGUCCAUCUGUCAUGUCCAAAGCUAUUGAGAGGCGCCCAGCAGCACGCCACACUUUUCAGAUUAAUCUGUGUGUAAAAAYUCCAUAUUAUUUUACUGCUGAGUUCACAAUGACGCAAAAUCCCCAAAACAGUACCGUUGCAGGUGGUGUGUCAUAAUGUGAAAAAAAAAACGGGUCAAGCGUCCGAAUACGCUUCCAAAGCAUUGUAGCCAUUUCCAUUAUUCAGCAUAUUUGWCCGGCCGAAGGGAUGAGGGCGCUCCGAGGAUGAGGUGAAAAUGAUAAAUUGUGUCGUGCGUGCUUCGAGUUUAAGGUCUCCUCCUGCUUUAGAGGUGGAGAGGUCAGUGGCGCAUCUCAAACCUCGUGGUUUCUCUUAGUGGGUUACACGGGACACGCGUGUGCGGGGAUCCAAACGGUGUUUCGGUGUAAAUCUCUUCGCRCGCCUGAAACCUCUAUUCAGAGGUAAAAAUCAGUCCCAGUCAGACACUCCUAUUCAAAUGCUUUGUCCUCUAGCUCAGGGACACUGCGCAUCUCCGUGCCUCCCCCUCCACCCAUGUGUCGGUGCGCAGACUCAUUUAACAGCCCCGAGGAACAUAAACAAGCAACGGAAACUAUGGCUGUAUUAAAUCAAGCUCUGCAUUUAGCCCACAAAUUGRGUGCCAACUUGCUCCGGACAGCCCAGGAAUCUCUAAACAGGGUUUAGAGGUCUCGCAGAAGACCCCCAUCCCCUCCCUCUCUCUCUCUGUCUUCCCCAUCUCAAAGCCCGGAUUGGUCACAGUGCGGCUCAUUUGCAUGCCUCGCCAUAUAAACCCUCCCGCAGACACUGCAGCCCGCUUGCGCUGACAGAGCAGCACACCUCCAGAAGUGAGUGAGUGAGUGAGUGAGUGAGUGAGGGAGAGAGCGGAGCGCAUCCUGAGUGCGCAUAAUCAGACAUAUGGAAUAUUUAUCACGGGCUUUGUUCUGACAAACAACCCAGGAGCGUGGACUGAAGGGAGAGGAGGACACUUUUUUAUAUUAUUAUUAUUUGACCAGGUGCGUUUUUGUUUGAACUCCUAAGUUGGACUCAGUGAGGACAGUUUUGCUGAAUUUCAGAAUAUCAAGAUGGGAGAAAGAGGGUGGAACGGGCUGCUGGUGUUUACUUGCGCCUCCGUCCUGGUCUUGGCUGCUUUUACGCAAGGAAAAACGAUGAAAUAUCAGACGUUUGAGGAGGACGCGCCGGGGACAGUGAUUGGAAACUUGGCCAAGGACGUUUACUCUACUUCGCCCUUAUCGGGAGGCUCCAGGAACAGUUUCAGGAUGAUGAAACAGUUCAACUCCUCUUUCAUCCGUCUCAGGGAGAGCGACGGGCAGCUGACGAUAGGCGAGAGGGUGGACAGGGAGCGGAUCUGCAAACACACCCUGCACUGUCUCAUCGCCUUCGACGUGGUCAGCUUCUCCAAAGAGCAGUUCAAGCUCAUCCACGUAGAGGUGGAGGUCAAGGACAUCAACGACAACUCCCCCGAGUUCCCCCGAAAGGAGUCGAGUCUGGAGAUCUCCGAGAACACGGCGGUCGGCACCCGCAUCCCGCUGGACUUUGCCGUGGACGAGGACGUCGGGGUGAACUACAUCCAGAGCUACCAGAUCUCCGUCAAYAGUCACUUUUCCAUCGAUGUGCUCAGCAGGGCCGACGGGGUUAAAUAUGCGGAGCUGGUGCUCAUGAAGGAGCUGGACAGAGAGACGCAAGCCUCUUACGCGCUGGAGCUGGUCGCCAUGGAUGGCGGCAACCCGUCCCGCAGCGGGACGACGCGUAUAAAUGUCAAGGUGAAAGACUACAACGACAACAGCCCGGUGUUCGACAGGAGCAGCUUCUCCGUGGACCUGCCCGAGGACGCGCCGGUGGGCUCCCUGCUGCUGGACCUGAACGCCGAGGACCCGGACGAAGGGCUGAACGGCGAGGUGGUGUACGGGUUCGGAAACCAGGUGCCCCCCGAAAUACGGCAACUCUUCAGGGUGGACAGGAAGACCGGGCGGCUCACUCUGGAGAGUCCCGUUGACUUUGAGAGCAAGAAUACGUACGAGUUUGACGUCCAGGCCACCGACCUGGGUCCGAACCCGAGCCCGGCCAUUUGUAAAAUCGUAGUUCAGGUGCUGGACGUGAACGACAACGCGCCGGAGAUCUCUAUCACCCCGAUGACCUCUAUCACAGCGGGGAUAGCGUACAUCACAGAGGCUGCGGCCAGAGAGAGCUUCGUGGCUCUGGUCAGCACCUCGGACAGAGACUCUGGCGCAAACGGGCAGGUGCACUGCACGCUAUACGGACACGACCACUUCAGACUGCAGCAGGCGUACGAGGACAGCUUCAUGAUAGUGAGCACCAGCCCGCUGGACCGGGAGAAGAUCCCCGAAUACAACUUAACGGUGGUGGCGGAGGAUCUGGGCUCCCCUCCUUUCAGGACCAUCACGCAGUACACCAUCAGACUGACGGAUGAGAACGACAACGCGCCGGUGUUCAGCAAGCCAGUGUACGAAGUGGCGGUGGUGGAGAACAAUGCACCCGGCGCCUACAUCACCACGGUGGUGGCGCGGGACAUGGACAUGGGGUCAAACGGGAAGGUCACUUACAAACUAGCGGACACCUAUUUCAUGGGCUCCCCGAUCUCCACCUUCGUGUCUCUGGAUCCCGCCAGCGGCUCUCUUUACGCGCUCAGGAGCUUCAACUACGAGGUGAUGAAGCAGCUGGAGCUCCGAAUUACAGCCAGCGACGGCGGCUCCCCGCCUCUGUCCGGCAGCGCCAGCGUCUACGUCCGGAUCAUCGACCAGAACGACAACGCGCCGCUCAUCUUGCAGCCACCGCUCAACAACGGCUCGGCUGAGGUCCUUCUGCCCCGGGACGCGCCCACGGGCUACAUCGUGACCCGAGUGGAGGCGCGGGACGCUGACGAGGGCAUGAACUCGGAGCUGUCGUACGGGCUCGCCACCGGGGAGCCCUCCGUGUUCUCCGUCAACAAAGUCACGGGGGAUAUCUACCUGAACCAGGUGCUCAGCCACGACGUGGACGAAACCCUGAGCGUGACCGUGACGGUGAGCGACAACGGGAGGCCCGCGCUCACCUCCACCGCCACGCUCCACUUCCUCAUCAUCGCGGGCUCCCCGCCAAGCGACAGGACGGUGUACCAGGCGGGCGGCGGGGACGAGGCGCGCUCGCAGUGGGACCUGUCUGUGGUGAUCAUCGUCGUGCUUGCGGGAAGCUGCACGCUCCUGCUGCUCGCCAUCAUCCUCAUCGCGACCACCUGCAACCGGCGCCGGCGGGACAAAAGCGGGGAGGACAGCGACUCCUACGGGGAGAAGGGCACGCUGGAGCGGGGCAGGAACCACGCGGGGGACAACCCGCUUCUGCCCCUCCACGGAGCCGCGGGGGGAGGAGUAGGAGCGGGUGCAGGAGGAGGAGGGGGAGCGGAGGUCUUUGACGGACACUCGUACAGCAGCCAGCCCGGUGCUUUCACUCCGGCUCACCCCGGGGGCAGCGACAUGUGCUCGGCCUCUGAGGACGGCAGCGAGGUGCCCUGUGUGUAUGACUCAGACAACAACAGCAAACUCCGAGGGAAUAAACACGAGGGAUACUCCACUCUGCCUGGCUAUGGGAACGGUAAAGAGGCGGUGAGGCCCAUCACCAUCUGGAAGGGCAACUCAUACACCACCAUCUCUGCCCGGGACCCCGCCUUCAGUGGAAAAGAUAGUGGCAAGGGGGACAGCGACUUCAAUGACAGUGACAGUGAUGUCAGCGGAGACACUGGCCUGAAGAAGGAUGGAGUCAUGGUUCCUCCCAUGGGGGGGCAAAAUGCUCUGUGGGCAUGCACCAGCGAGUGUAAAGUCCUGGGCCACUCGGACAGAUGCUGGAGCCCCACGGCCACCAGAGCCAACGCGGCCCCCUCUCCGGCCCCAACCCUCUCCUCCUUCAGCAGCCUGCCCAAGACGGCCUCGCUGCCCCGGGACCCCAACCGCAGGGACAACUACUACCAGGCCCACAUCCCCAAAACGGUGGGGCUGCAGAGCGUCUACGAGAAGGUCCUGCACAGCGAAUACGACUACGUCCUGGUCACCCCGCCCAGACCAGUGAGGGUGCAGGAGAUCAGCGAAGUUGCCAUCCCUGUUUACACCCCAACUCCGACGCACUGCCCCAACAACGACGUCUAGGGCAGAGUGCCGCACAAGCUCUCACGCUCUCGAUGAAAUGCACAGACUUUCCAGAGUUUUAAUUUAUGAUGCUUCAAAGCUGAGUGAGCUCACAGAAUCCUGUCCUGGCAUACAGAGCCGGUCCAAGACUGAAUGGGGCCCUGAGCAGAAUCUGAUUUGGGGUCCUCAUCAGCUGGCAUCAUUCAAAUAAUCCCUUUUAUAUCAGACAUGUUCAAAAGUUAACGCAUCAUUCAUAUAACAGAAAAGUUACCAUGAUUGUAUAGCAUAAACUGUAAAAACCAUAUAAAUACUAAAUGAUUUCAAAUAUGAUGUAUAAUAUGAUCACAAGUUUUAUUUUGCACAAUAAACUGCAGAUGUAUCACUUGUACAAGAAAACAAAACAAAAAAAUCUAAAACUUGACUUGUGCAACAGUUGUAGAGCUCUUUGCCUCCCCCUGUUGGCUCUGGAGGCCCUGAGCAGCUACACAGUUUCCUUAUGCCUUGGGUCGGCUCUUGGGUAUGUCUGUCUCUGUGCCGAGAGCCGCCUCUGAGGUCCAGUCAAUCACUUUGGGACAUUUGUUGGACAUGAAGUGUAUCAUAUGCAAGACUUGUACAUGGAGAGAUUUUUAUUUUUCUAAAAAAAAAAAAUUAAAAAAAA